AUGGGGAACGAAGCGAGCAUGGAGGGCGGCGAGCCGGGAGCCGUCGGGAUGAUGGGGACGGCGAUGCCCGGUGGACCCGCAGCGGGACCAGGGGCGGGACAGCACAUGAAGCCGGUGAACGGAUCCGCUGCCGGCGGAGGGAUGGGAGUCGGAGGCCCCGGGAUGGGGAUGACAAGGGGUCCGAUGGGUAGCCCCAAGACUGGCAUGCAACAAGGAGGCCAUGGAGGAGGAAUGGUUGGAAUGGGAGGGAUGGGGGGAAUGGGUGGAGGAGGAAUGGGAGGUGGAAUGGGUGGAGGAGGAAUGGUUGGAGGAGGUAUAGGAGCAGGUAUGGGUACUGGUGGAGGAAUAGGGUCCAGAGGUGGCGAGCCCUACCGCCUGGCCACUCACGAGACUCCAACUUCCCCCCGACACAUGCAGUCCAGCCAGGGGUCUGGUCAUGGGAUGGGUCACAGUCCUGCCGCGUCCGGUAUGGGAGGCCAUGGAGGUCAGAGUCCUGGUCAGCACGCAUCCCGUCGAAACCUUCAGGUCGACUUCAGUGGCUCCAGGACUGGCCGGUCUCCAUCGGUGUCUCCUGACCGCAGUGUGACGCCCACCUCACCUUACUCGGUGCCACAGAUCGCACCUAUGCCGAGCAGCAAACUGUGCCCAGUGUGCACCAGCACAGAGCUGUCCAACCCACCGGCUGUACCCAACUACAACACCUGCACCCAGUGUAAGGCCACCGUCUGUAACCAGUGUGGAUUCAACCCCAACCCACACCUCACUGAGGUCCAGGAGUGGUUGUGUCUGAACUGUCAGAUGCAGAGAGCUCUUGGCAUUGAUAUGACCACGCCUCGCUCUAAGAGCCAACAGCAGAUUCACUCUCCGUCCCACCAAGCCAAACCCAUUGUCCAGCCUCAGCAGCCCGCACCUCAGCCAACACAGCCGGCAGCAGCAGCACAGCCCAAACCUCUGGCACAGAGUCAGCCCACCCAGCGACAGCAGCAGCAGCAACAGCAGCAGCAUCCUCAGUCUCAGCCCUACAGCCAGACUCAGCAGUAUCCCCAGUCUCAAUCGCAGACUUACCCAUCAUCCCAGCCAGGGCCGCAGACUCAGCCUCACGCCUCCCCAGGCUUACAGAGACACUCAGGCCCUGGCGGCCCCCAGAAUCAGACAGGGCCCUCACAGCAGGGUAUGAGGUCUGACCCCUACUCCCACAGAGGUCCUGGAGCUCCAGGGGCUGUUGGAGGUCCUACAGGAGGCCCCAAUCAGCCUGGGGGUCCAAGGAUUCCCCACCCUGGUGCUGUGCCCCUGCCUGGUUUGACAAAAGCACCCUCCCAGCCAGAUUUGGGUCGUGGUUCUCCAAUGCAUCAACCAAUGGCUCGACACCACGACCAGACCAGAAGUGCCGGCUCCUCGCCGGCCCACAGACCUCAAAGUCAGGCACCCCCUCCUGCCCAGGACGGCCUGACCAAACUUUUUGGCUUUGGAGCAUCGCUGCUCAAUCAGGCGAGUACCCUGAUCAACGUUGACCCUCUGCCCACCGCCUCCACCCAGCCAAGCCCUGCACGAGGCAAGGUGGUGUUCAGCAAUGCAACUCCUGAAAACAGGCAGCAGCAACAACAAGGGACAGCUGGCACUAAAGCAUUCGGGAUGGGGGGCCCUCAUGCUCCAACUCAAAUGGGUGGCCCUCAUGCUCCAACUCAAAUGGGAGGCUCUCAUGCUCCAACUCAAAUGGGAGGCCCUCAUCCACCUAGCCAAAUGGGGGCUGCUCAUGCACCCAGCCAAAUGGGGGGUCCUCAUGCCCCGAGCCAAAUGGGGGGUCCUCAUGCACCGAGCCAAAUGGGGGGUCCUCAUGCACUGAGCCAAAUUGGAGGUCCUCGUGCCCCAAGCCAAAUGGGAGGUCCUCAAAUGGGUGGACCACAUGGGCCAACUCAGAAGCAACAACAGCAGACCAUGCCCUAUCAACAAGGAAUGGCGCAACAGCAGUCACCCGCCCAUCAUCAAAAGGGGCAGCAGGGACAACCACAAGGACUACAUCAGCAAACACCCACUCAUCUUCAGAAAGCUCAGCAGAAGCAGGAGCCUGUCGCAGCCCCUGUGCCAGCUCCAGAACCUGUGAAGCCGAAAGUGAACUGUCCUCUUUGCAAAACGGAGCUGAACAUUGGCAGCUCUGACCCACCCAACUACAACACCUGUACACAGUGUCAAAGCCAAGUGUGUAACCUGUGUGGCUUCAACCCUACACCACAUCUGGUGGAGAAAAAGGAGUGGUUAUGUCUCAACUGUCAGACCCAGCGGCUGAUGUCUGGAGGCAGUCUUGACGAUCCUCCCCUACCCGUUUCUCAUCCGUCUCCAAAGCACCAGCCAAUGGGCUCGCCCCGUCACCAGGUGCCAGCCAGCCAGCAGAGCCCACUCCACAAACCUAUCAAUCAGCAGGGGCUCAAGACAGGCCAGGCCCAGAAAUCGCAGACGGGAACUAGCAUUGGCGGACCGUUCGCACCCACUGCCGCCAAACAACCGACCGACACCAAGACCACGAUGCCAGCUGUGGCACCGGUACCAACGAAGGACACCCAGCAACAACCUAAAGCCACAGAGACAAAGCCCAAGUCAGAGUCUGAGAACCAAACUCUCAAAGAGAACAAAACCUCCCAGAAGAAAGGAGAGCAGAUGACACCAAUCAAGGAAAUAAAGAAGUCCAGGCAUUAUGAUGAUACAAAAAGCAACAGUACCCAGGACUUGUCACGCAGCCCCCAGAGCCUCAGUGACACUGGCUACUCCUCUGAUGGCAUCUCCAGCUCCCACAGUGAAAUUACAGGUCUAAUCCAAGAAGAGGAGAUGAAGCUCAGCGAAAGGGGAAUCAGUGUGCGGGGCUCACCGCCAAGUCCCUCUGAAAUUACCAAGCUAGAGAGUUCCAUGAGGCCAUUGCUGGAGAAGAGUCUCUCUGAAGAGAAGGCAGACAGAAGGGGAAGAAAGCACAGAGACAGAGAUUUGGAUGACAGAGGAAAGCAGCGCCCACGCUCCCUGUCGAUCCCACCAGAUGCAUAUGACUCUGACGAGGAGUUAAAGGACAUAAUGGAGGAAGAAGAAGAUGGAGGAGACUGGGAGAGUAAACGGAAGGAAGGAAAGGAGGAGAAGAGGGAGAAGAAAAAGAAGGAAAAAGAGGCUGAACCCACAGAAAUGACUGAUGAGGAGUUCAUGCGGAGACAAAUAAUGGAGAUGAGUGCUGAUGAAGAAAAUGAGGAAGAGGAAGAGAUGGAGGAAGAGGAGGAUGAGGAGGAUGAAGGAUAUGGCUACCAGAAACCCAAGAAAGGCCACCACAAGCACAUCAUCUCUGACUCAGGGAAAGAGAAGAGACGCCUUCAGCACCACUCCAGCAGUUUUGAGGAAGAAACUAAGAGCUCUACUGAUGUUUAUAAAGGCUCAGUGGAGGAGGGUGAGGAAGAUGUGAUGGCAUCACAAGGAGGCCUAAGGCGCUUUAAAACCAUUGAACUCAAUAACACCAAUAGCUACAGCAGAGACAUGGACCUGAGCAGUGAAAAUGAUCUGAGUCUUGAUCGGGAACCAGAGCUAGAGAUGGAGAGCCUUACUGGAUCUCCUGAAGAGCGUUCUCGUGGUGACUACUCAUCCACCCUGCCACCCACUUCAUCCUCAUAUGGCUCUGGCCAGUCUCCUACUUCCAUCUCAUCAAUGGAGGAGGACAGUGACAGUAGCCCCAGUCGGAGACAAAGACUAGAAGAGGCUAAGCAGCAAAGGAAAGCACGCCACCGCUCCCAUGGCCCUCUCCUUCCCACUAUUGAAGAUUCUUCAGAAGAGGAUGAACUGAGAGAGGAGGAAGAACUUCUUAGAGAGCAGGAGAAGAUGAGGGAGGUAGAACAACAGAGAAUAAGGAGCACAGCACGAAAGACCAAGAGGGAUAAGGAGGAGCUGAGGGCUCAGAGGCGCAGAGAGAGGUCCAAGACACCACCUAGCAAUCUCUCACCCAUUGAAGAUGCUUCUCCAACAGAAGAACUGAGACAAGCUGCAGAAAUGGAGGAGCUCCAUCGCUCCUCUGCUUCUGAGUAUUCCCCUCAGAGUUUGGACUCAGAGGCUGAAGGAUAUGAGUCCAAACUUUACAAAUCAGGCAGUGAGUACAACCUCCCCACCUUUAUGUCUCUCUACUCACCAAUAGAGAAAUCAUCAUCAACAACAACUACCAUGGCACCAUCCUCAACUUCCAAACCACUAAAGAGUGCUGAAGAAGUUUAUGAGGAGAUGAUGAGAAAGGCAGAGAUGCUUCAAAAACAACAGAAACAACAACAGCAACAGCAGCAACAACAUGGUCGGCAUGGGCAGUACUAUGAGGAGGAUAUAAAUGGACAAGGUUUUGAUGAUGAGUAUGAAUAUGAACAAGAACAAACAGGAUAUGACAAUGAAGCAGCAGAGACAGAAACAGAUAUUUAUGAGGAGAUCCGGCAAACAUCGCAGAAUAUCACCAAGAUGCAGCAGGCCACUGAUGAGCAAGUAGAGACUGAAAUUGAGAGCUCCUACCCAGACAAACAACUCCUAGACACAGGCUCAGCCUUUGCUAAGCUGCUUGAGCAGAGCAAUGCUCUAUUGACCCCAGGCACCAGCCCAACCCAGAUUUCAGCUCCUGUCUCCUUUGCUGAAAGUGGAGGACGAAUCCCAGAUGUUCGAGUAACACAGCACUUUUCUGCAAAAGAUGGACACAAAGAUAGGAUCAAAACCCAAGCAGGAAAGAAUGGAAUAACCCCCGCAGUGGCUGCCACAACUAUUGCAGCUUAUGGAGUUUAUGCCAGAGAUGCAGUAACUAUUUCGCAGACUAGUUCAAGCCAGACUAUGACAUCUACUCAGUCUGGAAUAUAUGGUCGACACACUGGAGGUCCUGCCACAUCCUCAGCUACAGUUUCAAGCGUAUGCAGCAAAAUUGCAGAGAUUACCCAAGCCUACAGUCAAAGAGAGGUGAUCACAAGGAGGGUAGGGGAGACAAGGGGUGUCCAGGUGCGAGACAGCUCAACAUCCUCCACUGAGAGAAUUAUUGAACCACGAUCUCCCAAGUAUACAACUUAUUACAGAAGCACCAGUCCCCCUCUGUCUCCCUCACCACCAACACAGAGUCCCACUCGGUCACCUUCCAGAAGAGCUACAGCUGAGUUUUCCACACAGACAUUCAGUUCAGAAAUGCGAAUGGAUUCAGCUGGAUCUGGGCCAACAUCUCCAGUGAUGGCUCAGGGCACCCAAACAUCACAUCGAUCAGUUUCACCACGGCUGUAUCGACAGCAGUCUUCCCAAGAUGCCCCAUAUUCCCCACCUCCAAGCCCUGCUAGACCAAUGACAGUCAACACUGCUACUUCUCCUCUGUCUUCACCCACUCGAUUUAGCCGCCAAUCAACAUUUGACACUUACUCCCCAUCUGGCAGCCCCCCAGACACGCCACCUUACCAACAGUCUCCCACACGCAGCUUCUACCGAACACAAAGAGUGGAGAAGGUAAAUGUGGGAACAAGUAUGGUCACCACAACCAGCACUUACACCAGAGGAUCAGUGUCAAUGGAUAACAUCUCUCUCUGUCGAAUAUCUACUGUCCCCGGCACUUCUAGAGUAGAGCAGGGCCAUAUGAUACAAGGUGGAAGUGUUGUGGACCUCAGAACAGCCACCAAACCGGCCCCUAUUAUCAUGACUGACCAAGGAAUGGAUCUUACCUCAUUAGCCACUGAAUGCAGGAAAUACCAUGGUGGAUCAGAGGGUAGCAGACAUUCAUCAAUUGUCCAGCCCCUGAUAAUGAACCUGAACACCCAGGAGACCACCACACCAACCACUGUGAGUGUCACUGUGGCUGCUUCAAUGUUCAUGAUCCAGCCUAAACAGCCAGCAGUCUAUGGUGACCCACAUCAAAAUCGAGUGGAUCUGGGCCAGGGCAUGGGUCCAGCUGUGUGUCUUUCACAGAGCAAACCACAAAUUUCACCUCCAACUGACCCAUCAAUACCAAAAAUUGAUGCUAAACUGGAAGACCUCAGUAUCCAACAGAGAGAGCUACAACUACAACAAGAGAAGCUCCAGAAGCAACAAGAGCUCCUUGAGCAGCAGUUGCAUCAGCACCAUCAGAUGCAACAGCAGCAGCAACAAGCAUCGGCUUUAGCCAGGUACAACAUUACUGGCCAGAUCUCACCAUUGCUUAAAAAAGACAUACUAGUCAGCCAGACAAGCACAACCUCAGCUGUGGUCAGUGCUGUAUCACCAGCCAUUAAUCCUGAACUGUAUGGCACUGGUCCCAUUGAGCUGAAAGGGAAGCCCAGUCCUCCUGGUAUGAUGUCAGGUGGUAAAUCACCACAUAGCAUGGUAGUUCAGAUGGAUGGAGGACCAGAGCAGGUCAGGGCAGUAACUCAGCUAGUGCAAAUAGAAGAAGGACAGGAUGCGCUGGAGCAGACUGGUGGCCAAAUUAAACCUGACAACCAACCAGCUUGCUGUGAUGUUGUUUACCGACUUCCAUUUGGUGGAAGCUGUGUUGGUGUUUCUGAGAAAGAGGGCAUAAGGCCUCCAUCUGCCCCACCUCUCACCUAUGAGUCUGACCAAGAAAGACAACCUGUAAGGUAUGAUGAGUAUCCAAUGGAUGGACGUAAAGCUUACACAUUACCUUUCCCUGGUAAGCUCCAGCCUUCAAUGUCUGAUACAAAUCUAGCUGAAGCUGGGCUACAGUCUUACCACCCCAAACUAGACCCACAGCUCCAAAGCACAGGAGAACUUGCCAUGGAUUUAACUGCCAUGAAACACGGUUAUGGAGGGUAUAUAGGGAUGCAGUAUGGCUCCUACACAGAUUUACGUCAUGGAGGAGACAUAACAGCCCAAACACUGCCUAUAAGGAGAUAUAACUCAUUGUCUAACAUUAGUUCAGACUAUGGUUACUCUGCUCGUGACAUUGCUAACUUCCAAGAAGCAAACUUGGCUCAGUACAGUGCUACCACUGCCAGGGAGAUUAGCCGGAUGUGUGCAGCACUCAAUUCCAUUGAUCGGUAUGGAAGCAACCCAGACUUGAUGCAGUUUGGCACUUUGGGUAGAGGAACUGGGCCUGGGUCCUCCAGACUUGUAGCAGGUCUUGGCUUGAGACAAAAUCUGCUAUUUGGACUUGAUGGAAAGCCAAUAUCCCACAGUCAAGCACUAACCAACCUUAUCAAUGCCAGGCAGGCCAGUCUCAGAGCCAUGUACCCUGCUGCUAUUAGGUCUUCUGACGGUAUGAUCUACUCCACCAUUCAAACCCCCAUUGCUUCUACACUUCCAAUUACAACCCAACCUGCAUCUGUUCUUCACCCACUUCUGCGCGGGGUCUACAGGCCAUACCCCUCUGCCAAUAUGACACCUGUGCCCCUAUCUAGUCUUAGCAGACUCCCUAUGAGCCCAAGAAUUCCUGUAUCUGGACAAGCUCUAGUCCGUUACCCAGCACCAGGUCUUCUCCAAACAACAUCAGCCACUGCCACUACUGAUGCUGCUGCAACAACCUCAGCACCAGUAGGUGCCCCAGUGUCUGUUUCUAUGACAAUUAGUAGCUCUACAGUCCAGGAUGAACCAGUUUACCUUGGUAAAGGUGCAACAGUGACCUCUUCAUCAGCAGAAAUCACUUCAAUAGGAGGAACAGUUGUAAUACCAACACAACCACAGCAGCAGCAGCAGCAGCCAAUGAACCUGUCACAGGCACACCUAAACAGUCAGCAGCAGCAACAACCUCCUCCAGCAGCCCAUGCCUAUCCUCCCUCAGGUCCUUCACACACCAACGGCUACACUCAACCUCCAGUAGGCCCCUCUGCCCCUUCUGGUGGUUUACCAAUUCCAGGGGGUCUUCCUCCCUUUCCUCCACCAGGUGCCAUACAUAAGGAGGGUGAAACAGAGGCAGAGAGGCUGCAUAGGCAGCAGGAGCAGCUCCUGCAGAUGGAGAGGGAGCGCGUAGAGCUGGAGAAACUCCGGCAACUGCGCUUGCAGGAGGAGCUGGAACGGGAAAGGAUUGAGCUAAAGCUGCACAGGGAGAAGGAGCAGAUGCUGGUGCAGAGAGAGUUACAGGAUCUGCAGUCCAUCAAGGAACAGGUUCUGCAGCAGCAGCAACAAGAACGUGAGAAACAACUUGUUCUCCAAAGAGUGCAGCUGGCUCAGCAGAAGUCCCAGCUUGACCAGAUUCAGUCAUUACAACAUCAGCUCCAGCAACAGCUCGAAGAGCAAAAGAGACAGAAAACUGCUGCUGUAGCUCAGGGCAUACAGCUGGACGUAAAUGGACAGCCCCUGCACCCCUACAAUGACUCUCAGAUAGGCUCCCGGUCCCUCCCCAACUCCUCAUCAGAGAUGUGUCUGAGGAGCCAGGAGGAGCACAUGGAGACCAGGAGUAACAUGAGGAAGCACAGCUCCAUGACCAGGCUGAGCAGGGACAGCCUGGAUGGUGAUGGCGUGGUCUUCUAUGGCUCCCCCCGCAGGAUUGUGGACAGCUGUGUGCAGACAGAUGAUGAGGAUGGAGAGGAGAGGUACAUGAUGCGUCAUCGCACCAGGAGGCGCGGUCGCAGUGUUGACUGCUCCGUCCAGACAGACGAUGACGAGGAUAAAGCUGAGACGGAACACCCGGUCCGCCGAAGACGUUCCCGUUUCUCCCGGCACUCAGAGUCCAAUGCUGCUGGCAGUAGCACUGCUGCCUCAAACAGCACAUCCAGUACAACCGACACACCCAAGAUGGUGUCCUCUAGCAUCGCUGUCCAGACCAUCAGGGAAAUGUCUUGCCAGACAGAAGUGGAGCACCUAGGGAGAGUCUCCCCAGCGAUCCAUGUGACAGUACCAGACCCAAAUAAAGUAGAGAUUGUGCACUACAUCUCUGGACCUGAGCGAACCCAAAAAGGACAGUCUCUAGCAUGCCAAACUGACCCAGAAGCCCAGUCCCAAGGUGUUGUAGCUCCACAGCUCAGUGUACCAACCACAGUCAGUCCAUAUUCUUCCUCUACCAGUACAGGAACACAACAAUCCAGUUCUGUGGACCUUCUGACCCAGCAGCGCCAGCAGCAGCACAUUGCAGCAAACGCAGCCAAGUUUGAGCGACGUCGCCCUGACCCACUUGACAUCAACUACCAGCCUCACAACCACCUCCACAACGAAUCCAUCUCCAGCAUCAUCCGGCAGCAGCAGACAGCCCCCAAAUCUCCACAAGUCCUCUACUCUCCUGUGUCCCCGGUGUCCCCUCACCGCCUGCUGGAGACUUCUCUCUCCAGUGAGCGGCUGAACAAGGCCCAUGUCACACCACAGCAGAAGUCCUACACAGCCGAAUCUCCCCAGCGCCACCCAUCUGUGCCCCGACCCAUCAAGAGCACCCAAAGGUCCAUGUCAGACCCUAAGCCCCUCAGCCCCACCACAGACGAACACACCAAGGUCAGGCUGAACCUGUAUCAACAACAAGCACUCCAGAGCCAGCUGGCAGCCCUACAGCAGAGCUCACUACUCCGAAAGGUCAAGCGAACCCUGCCCAGUCCUCCUCCGGAGGAGACUACUGCAGCCGCUCAUCUGCCCAUGAUGACACCCGCCCUUCAACAGGUCUACCUGCCCUCCGUGCCCAGCCUCAAGCCCAGCUCCCGGUCUGGUCUGGCAGCUAAAGCCAGCCUCCUCAAAGACCUCACCCACGAGCUGAAGGCCGUGGAACAAGAGUCAACCAAGCUGAGAAAGCAGCAAGCUGAACUGGAGGAAGAAGAGAAGGAGAUUGAUGCUAAACUGAGAUACCUUGAGCUGGGGAUCCACCAUAGGAAAGAGACACUGGUCAAAGAGAGGGAGAGGAGAGAUAUUGCUUAUCUUAGGUGUAUGGGGGACACAAGGGACUAUAUGUCUGAUAGUGAGUUGAAUAACCUACGUUUAGCAGCUGCAGCUGCAUCACAUGAGUCCAAUGGACUACUGACAACAAGGCCAAGCACUGCUCCACUCAGCCAGUUCACCAGCGAUCUGAACACAGCAGCCCAGUACCCACCCACCUCAUCCUUCCUCUCCUGUCAGUACCCCCAGAGCCAACCUGCAGUACCAUCUGCACAACCAAGUGUGCCAUACCAGCCCUCAACAUUCAGCCAGCCUCCCUAUCCAACAGUGUCCCAGUCCCAGGCACUGCCACAGCCCACACCCCUCCAGAGCCACAUUCCCCCUCUAGGACCUUCAUACCAAUCUCAAACCUCCUAUUCUUCCCACACCUAUCCCCAAACUCAGCCCCCUUACCCCCAGACAGACAUGGGGAUACCAGCUGCACCUCAGCCACAGCCUGGGCAGACAGGUUUUGGGCCUGCACCACCUGGUCAGCCUCCAUACCCCACCCACAGCUCACCUUAUCCCAGCGCUGUGUCCUACCCCAGCCAGACCACCCCAUACCCUGGUCAGCCCCAAGUGGAUAUCCUGACAGUCCAUCCUGGAAGACCCAGGCAGACUUCACUUGCCGAUUUGGAGCAUAAGAUGCCCACCAACUACGAGACGAUCAGCAACCCCACGGUCGUGGUCACCACUACGGCCCAGGAUGCAACCUAUUCUAGUGCAGCCCCCUCUUAUGGUCAGUACACUGGAACAACAACCAUGGCCAGCUCCUAUGGGCCCUAUGGUUCAGCACCAGUGUCCAGCAGCUACGGUGGGUACUCUACCAUGCCACCUAGCACUUAUGGGCAAUAUACUUCAACAUCAGCUAGUUCAUAUGGCCAGUACACCACAACCACUGCUAAUACUUAUGGCUACACUACCACCACAGCCAGUUCAUAUGGACAGUACACUUCUACAGUUUCCAAUGCUUAUGGGCACUCUGUAGAUAGUCCCUCAACCUACAGCACAGCAGAGGGGAUGUACGGGGCUCCUGGCUUAGAACAAAACAUUCCAAGAAACUACAUGAUGAUUGAUGAUGUUAGCGAGCUGACGGCAAAAGAUGGGCUGGGCACGACGACAGUGGACAUGAUUCAUCAUGGCGGAAGUGGGCGUUAUCCGGGCGACAUCCACAGCCACAGCAGCACCAUUGGCAGCACGACGCGUGGGGGAACUAGCAGCUCCUCGUACGGCAGGGCACCCGAGGAGGAAGCAACGAUGCAGGAAGAGCUGUACGACCACCACGGCAGGGGUAAGAGCAGCUACAGGCACGGACCUCUAGGGGGCAGCAGCAGCAGCGUGAGCGCUAGCAUGGGUGGGGGAUCGCCCUAUUACUAUGACUACGACUACAAACAUGGCAGCAUCCGCUCCGGGGUACAGAAACCGUCACCAUCCUCUAGAAGCCUUCUGGCUCCUGCUGUCAUGUCCUCCAAGCGCAGCAAGCACAGAAAGCUGGGAAGUAUGGAGCAAAAAAUCUCCAAGUUUUCCCCCAUUGAGGAGGCGCGGGAUGUGGAGGCAGACCUGGCCUCCUAUUCCUCAACAACAGGUGGGGCUUACCCCUCUUCCCACAUUCGAGGGCGCCAGCUGAUCGAGGAUUACGGCUUUAAGAAGAAUGCUUAUGAGGCCGGCAGUGGCACCAGUCAUGGUAGUCGGUACUAUGGUUCUAUGGCGGAGGAGGACGAUCGGAUUUACUACACCUCCACUGGCCGAUCCCGUUCCACCGGCUAUGGCAUGGACAAGAUCUCAGCCAGGGACUACUCUGGGUAUCGCAGCCGAUCCUAUGAGAGGGACGAUCGCUCCUACCGAUCCAGCUACAGCCAGGGGCGCCAACCAACCCGGCAGUACUCUGAAGAGGAGAGUCCACUCAGUCCCCUGGGGAGGUUCAUGAGUUCUGGUCGAUCAUCAAGCUUAGGUCCCGACCCGUACGACAGUCGCAGCAGUAGAUAUCAUUACUAUUAUGGUCAAUAUGGUUCCAGCCACUCGCUGCCAGAUGUACAAGACCACAUACGGGACCUGCCUCGGACACAUGUCUACAAAUCGGAUGAUACGUACAUUAUAGACGAUUAUCAUUGCGCUGUGUCAGACAGCGAAGCCUACCAUCUGGGACAGGAAGAAACCGACUGGUUUGAGAAGCCACGCUCCAGUUCUCGACACUACGGCAGCAGCCACUCGUCUGGGAGAAGCCGGCACAAUGUCAAACACACCUACCAUGAUUAUGAUGAGCCUCCCGAGGAGGACCUGUGGCCCCAGGAUGAGUAUGGCCACGGCGGGCGACAGUCUACAUCUCGUGACCACCGCCACCAUGGCAGUUCAAGUCGACACUCCUCCUCAUCACGUCAUUCAGAUGAGCCAAGGGCUUCAAGGUCAUCUAAGGGGCACCCCAAAGACCCGUCAAUGAGACAUGACCCUUCAGGACGAUCGUCAUCUACAGGAAGGCGUGGCGAGUCAAGGUCCGGGGGGUACCACUCUUCAGACUACUCGCGGGAUCCCUCUGGACACCAUCACGGCCAACGGUCCUCCAGACAGGGAGACCCACACAGAUCCUCACGCAGCAAGUCCCAGCCGCCAGUGGACAUGCAGGGCCAACCACAAGGCUCCUCCAGGUCUGGCAGCAGCUCUGCCCGGGCUCAGGGCCCUGCAGGCGGACCUUCGGGAUCAGGGCGACAGGGCGGUCCUGGCUCCCAGACAGAUGGGGGACCAGGACAGAGGGCCCAGCUCCAACAACAAGCCCAGACAUCAGCGGCCAGGCCAGGGCAGCCCGGUUCCGCAGCAACCACCGGCCCUCUGCAACAGACCCCAACACAGGGUCAAGGCAUGGGCAUGGGGCAGGGCCAGGUCAAGCCAGGGCAGAUGGGUCCAGCAGGUGGACCCAUGGGGCAGGCCAGGCAGACGGGUCCAGCAGGAACCACGCCAGUUACCAUGGCAAAGAUCGACACGCCUCCGGCAACAGCUAUUGGAGCAAAGGCAGCGCCCGUCAUGGCUUCAAAAGCAGCCCAGCCCCCACUCACAGGCAUAGGCUCCAAGGCAGCUCCUAGACCAGGAGGUAUUGGCAGUGCAGCAGCAGGUCAGCCUGGCAUGGAGGGAGACAGCAUGUUGUCCAAGAUCCUGCCAGGAGGAGCCGCUGAGCAGGCUGGCAAACUGGGAGACGCUAUCUCCGGUUUUGGCAAGAAGUUCACCUCUCUCUUCUGAGGUGCCAACAUUAAGGACUAUGUAAAUGUCAACUGAUGAAGUCAUGAGGCCUCGUACCAGAAAAACCUGUGACGUUCCCCCUGCUUUUGUUUUACUAAAAGAGAGAUAGAGAGAGACAUGGAGGAGAGAGGGGUGUUGGGGGAACAGAGAGGAGAGCUGAGAAAACUGCCAACACGGACUGGGAUCCUCCAGAUACUUCAUGUCUCAGGCCUGAGCAGAGGCUGACAGAGAGAAUCCGCUGCUCUCUCUGACGGGCCAGACAAUCAUUCCAAGAUCCAAUGUCCAUCCUCAGAAGGGCAACCCUCAGUCAUCCAGCAGCCCCCCCCCCCCAGCCAAAGACACCACAGCGGAGCCCCUCUAACCCUCCUGCAGCGGCUGGACACAUCUGCGCCUUUUUACUUAAAGAGAGAAACCAGUGGCCACACAUUGGCAGCAAAAUCCAAAGAAGCUGGUUUUCCUUUUUGCUGCUCUAUCUCCGGACAAGAAGAGGGAUCUGUACUUACAUCAGUGGAGACCCACGCAGAACCACUUGAGUCCAAGCACCUACUUCUACAUGGAUUUAGCUCCGCAGUUACAAUGAAGGAAGUUAGAUGGGCGAUCCUAUUCUGCUACAAUAUACGACUCCACCGUUUAAGAGCUGCUUUUUUCUGCUAACAGCAAACAGGAAAUGGCAGCUUUGCAGGCGCGAUGGCACGUUAGGAUCCAUUGUUUCACAGUCCUGUGCUCAAACGAGGAAUAACAGCAACCAACAAGCCUCUCUCCUCUUUUCUAUCUCAUCUCAAAGAAAAAAGUCAAAGAAUAAAAAGUGUGGGAAUGGAAUAAAAAAAUCCUGCAGGUUUUUCUGGUACUAAAGACCUCACCUUUCGAGAAGGAAGCUGAGUAAAUGGAAAUGUCACAUUGAAUGAAUUGGACAGCGAUAACGAUGUAGCCGACACAGAGAGCGAGCGUGUCGGCGUGCGUUUCUUCUCACAGUUCGCUCUGUUUCUAUUUACAUUCCAGAUUGGAACUGUGAAAACCUUUCGCUCCCCCCUCUUCCUCACCUCCCUGCGUUUUCUUGAAUGCUGAUUCUUCUUCUUCCUUUGUAAACGCCGCCCAACAACCCUCAACCUGCCAUGUCUUUAAAAAGAAGUGUAUAGUGGAUUUACAAAAAAAAGAAAAUAUGUAGGAAUUUGGAAUGCAUGGAACUUUAUAUCUAAGACCUUACACUGUUCAUCAUUACUUAACCGAGGCCAUAAAGACACGGGGGAAAGGAAUCCGAGCUAGACGACGUAAAUAAUAACGACGAGGAGAGAUUACUGAAGCAAUGGGAACAUGGCCACAGGAAAAAGAAGAGCCUUUCGUUUUGUUGUUGUUGUUUUUUUCUUCAUUCUGAUGGAGUGAAGCCGUACGUGGUCGGGUUGUUUUUCAGCCAUUACAAAGCCAUUAAAACCACAUUUACCUGCAGCGCUUGUGGCGACGGGGUUUCUCCAACUGCUCCACAACAUGUGGCUCUCAGACAUCUCUCGUGUUGUCAACAUUUGUUCUCUUUAUUCAUUCUCAUUUAGUUUUCUUAUCGGCCGGUUGUUUAUGUUGCAGGUUACCAAUAUCGCCUUAAUCAUUUCUAAAGUUUUAUUUUGAAUU